AUGGAGAUCGAACAAGUUAUCCAACAUCAAAAGGACAUUGAAGGUGAGAUCCAGAGGAUCUGGAUAAAUUUUAAAAAGGAUUCUUCUACAAGAUAUUCAAAGCAGUAUUUUGAGACACGUUUGGAAAAUUUGCGUCAGAAAUGGGACGCAUUUGAAGACAACAAUGAUAAUGUGAUCAAGAAUUUGAAGCCUGAUCAUGAAUAUAUCACAAAAAAUUACUAUGGCCAGUUACAACAAAGACGGAUUGAAAUCGAAAAUCGAUUUAAUAAUGAAUUGGAAAUAAUAAGGCAAAUGGAGCAAAAGGAAGCUCAAGUUUCAAGGCAUCAAGUUAUAAGAGGGCAAGAAGAAGCUCGGUCACCAAGGAAUCAAGACAUAAGUAUCAAUGACGAAGUCGCCAUCACCGGGCCAUGUGAAAUUACAAACAAACGUUUAGCAAUCUUAAGUACAAGUCUGUUGCAGAUCAAAGAGACAAUAGACUUAACGAAAAGUAUUGAAACGUUACAGUUCAAAUUGGAAAAAUUGAAGAAUUGUUGGGCAAAGUUCUCACAAUUAAACGAUGAAUGUCUGUUUAACAAUGAUGAAAUAGACCAAGGAGAUUUCAUUCAACUGGAAUCGAUAUACGAAGGAGUAUAUAUCCAGUUACAAGAAGAACUGAACGUUCGCAGUCAAAACGUUUCAGAAACCAGAACAACCGUAAGUAACAAUAUCAAACUACCACCGUUGAAUGUACCAAUAUUCAGCGGCAGAUUUGAAGAGUGGUGUCCAUUUUGGGAAUUGUUCGACCGGUUAGUUCAACAAAACCAUAAUCUAGUGGAUGUAGAAAGGAUGCAGUACUUAAAAGGAAGUCUACGUGGAGAAGCCGCCAGACUUAUCAAUCAUUUAACAAUAACAGCGAACAAUUAUACAGCGGCAGUUGAACUAUUGAAACAAAGAUACAACAAUCCAGCAAUACUUGUGGACAAUCUUAUCAAUAAGUUAUUGUCGCUCAGAGCUAUAAGAAAUGAGAAUGCACAGGAUUUAAAAACAUUAGUGGAUUCUUCUAGAGAAGUGUUAUAUGGUAUACGUAAUUUAAAUGUGGACACGUCAAGUUGGGAUCCACUAAUUAUACAGAUACUGCUUCCAAAAUUAGAUGGUGAAACCAGAAAAUUAUACCAACAUUCAAGAGGGGCAUCAACACAAAUACCAAAAUUGAGCAGCUUAUACGAGUUUAUCGAGAGCAGAGGCAAACCAACAGUCACAAAUAAUAUAAGUAAACAGAGGAUGCCAACAUUGAAGAACACCACAGAGACCGAAGUGGCAGCGUCGUACAACAUCCAAAAGGAAAAAACUGUUUUACUAGCAACCGCAAUGGUAAUUAUAAGGACUAAAAAACAAGUUAAUCCGAUACGAGCGCUUCUUGAUCAAGGAUCACAAUCUUGUAUAAUAACAGAACAAUUAGCAAGAUCAAUCAGAGCACCAUUGACCAAUUAUCAAACUCAUGUAAAAGGUAUCAAUGGACAAACAACAAGCGUUAUAGCCAAAUGUUCAUUAGAAAUUCAAUCUAUACAUGAUGAAAAUAAAAGCUGUCAUAUCGAAGCAAUAGUGUUACCAAAAAUCACAUCAAAAAUGCCAAAUGCAGAAUUCACGCCAGGAAAAUGGUCACAUAUUGAUGGAUUGCAGUUAGCAGAUCCUUGGUAUGCUGAACCAAGGGAAAUACAAUUGUUAAUCGGAUCGGACGUGUUACCAGAAGUGUUUAAAGAAGGAUUAAUUAAAGGGCCAGACAACUCUCCAAUGGCUCAAAACACACUAUUUGGAUGGAUAUUAUCAGGACCUUUAGAUGUAGAGCGUACAAUCACAAACAAAAUAAUGUUAUGCUCCAUGGCUUGCGAAAGCAGCGACGAGUAUUUAAAACGGUUUUGGGAAUUAGAGGAAAUUCCAAAUGCGGACUUAAGAACAGUAGAUGAAAGGCGUUGUGAGCGACAUUAUGAUUCAACUUGCACCCGCGAUAAAACAGGACGAUACAUUGUUAGGUUACCACUGAAAAAUGAUCGAGAAACGUUAGGUGAAUCCAGAAAGAUGGCAUUAAAACGGUUCUUUUCAUUGGAAGAACGAUUUAAGAAGAAUCCAGCACUAAAGCAAGAGUAUGUGAACUUUAUGCAAGAGUAUAUCAAGCUGGGUCAUAUGAAGGAAGUUAAUGAGAAACCAAAGACAAAGAUAUAUUAUUUGCCGCAUCAUGCAGUUAUUAAAGAAGACAGCACGACAACAAAACUUCGAGUGGUGUUUGAUGCGUCCGCGAAAACGACAUCAGGACAAUCACUGAACAGUAUUAUGAUGACAGGUCCUACAUUACAAAAGGAUUUAUUCAUUCUAUUAUUGCAGUGGAGAAUGUUUAAAAUAGUUUUUACGGCUGACAUUGAAAAAAUGUAUCGUCAAAUACUGAUUCAUCAUGAUGAUAGAGAUCUUCAUCGAAUUUUAUGGAGAAACGAUCAGAAAAAACCAAUAAAAGAAUACAAUUUGAACACGAUUACAUAUGGUACUGCAUCAGCACCAUAUCUUGCCAUCAAGACGUUGUUUAAGCUAGCAGAAGACGAGAGAAUUAAUUAUCCUUUGGCAAGUGAAACCUUAAAUGAAAAAUUUUAUGUAGACGAUUGUUUGGGAGGCGCUAAUACGAUUAAAGAGUGUAAACAAGUACAAGAAGAAUUAAUCCAAUUAUUGCGGAAGGGAGGUUUUAACUUAAGAAUAUGGGCAUCAAACGAACCGGAAAUGUUGACGAAUAUCCAGAUAAAAGACAUUGAACCAGGGUUAGAGAUGCAAUUUAACAACGAUCAAGCAAUUAAAAUUUUAGGAAUAAAAUGGUGUCCUAAAUUGGAUCAAUUUGAAUUUAAAAUAAAUACCGGGUCAUUCAGCUCAAAAUACACAAAAAGAACAAUUCUAAGUGAUGCUGGAAAACUAUUCGAUCCAUUUGGUUGGUUGUCACCUGUAACCAUUAAAGCAAAAAUUAUGAUACAAAAAUUGUGGAUGCUAGGAAUUAGUUGGGAUACAGAGAUUCCACCCAAUCUACAGGCACAAUGGGAAGAAUUUAAAUUGAGAUUACCUGCAGUUCAGAAAAUAACCAUGAAAAGAUGGACACAACAUUCAGAGAAUAGUUUAAUCGAGUUACAUGGAUUUGCAGAUGCGUCAGAAGCAGGAUAUGCUGCAGUUGUAUAUACAAAGGUUAUCAAUGCAGAUAAGGUUACAAUAUCCCUAGUAGCAUCAAAAACCAAAGUUGCGCCUAUUAAGCAGGUAUCAUUAGCCCGAUUGGAGUUAUGCGCAGCUGUGCUAUUAAUAAAGUUGAUUAAUUACAUUCAGAAGAAUAACAAGAUUACCUAUAGUAAAGUUAUUGCAUGGUCAGAUUCAAAAAUUGUAUUAAAUUGGCUAAGGCAAUACCCAAAUAGAUGGACUACGUUUGUAGCAAACAGAGUAUCGUAUAUUCAGGAUACGUUUAAAGGGCAAUUUAGAUUUGUUCCAGGAAAAGAUAAUCCAGCAGAUAUUCCAUCAAGGGGAGUAUAUGGCGACAAUCUUAUUUCAAAUAUAUUAUGGUGGCAUGGUCCAAAUUGGCUAAUAAAAGAUGAAGGAAAUUGGCCAGAAAAUGAUGAAGUAAUAGAUUUGAAUCUUAUUCCGGAAACCAGAAAAACUGCAAUAUGUACCGUCGUGGACGUUACCAAAGAUGAAAAUAUUAUUAAUCGAUUUUCUUCAUUAAACAAACUUCUUCGAGUGACAGCUUAUUGUCUUAGAUUCGUUUAUAAUUGUCAUAAAAAGAAAUCCGAAAGAAAGAUCGACAAUCUGUCGGCAGACGAUAUCGAUGCAGCAGAAAUUGUGUUGGUGAAGCAGGCACAAAAAUGUUUUUCAGAUGACAUCAGACGGCUUAAUCUUCAGAAACAAUUAAUGAAAAGUAAUAAGUUGUGUUCAUUAAACCCAUUUGUUGACAGUGCAGGAGUACUAAGAGUGGGCAGCAGAUUAAGAAAUGCAGAUUUAUCUGACAACCAAAAGUAUCCAAUAAUUUUACAUACAACGAGUACUUUGGCCAAACUCAUAAUCAAUCAGGCGCAUAUUAAUACGAUUCAUGGAGGAUUAAAACUGACGCUAAACUACGUUCGGGAAAAAUUUUGGAUUAUUCGUGGAACAAUCGCUGUGAAAGCUUGCAUCAAUAAAUGUUUAAAAUGUUUUCGAAUAAAGGCAAAAGGACAAUCUCAAUUAAUGGGAAGUUUACCAACACCAAGAGUAAAUUUCUCGAGGCCAUUCACACACUGCGGCAUAGACUAUGCAGGGCCAUUACACAUUAAAUGCUCGCAAUUCAGGGGAAUUAAAACACAUAAGGCAUAUAUAGCUACUUUUGUAUGUCUAGCAACAAAGGCAAUUCACAUUGAGUUAACUUCAGAUCUGACAUCUCAAGGAUUUUUAGCAGCACUCAAACGAAUGAUAAGCAGACGUGGCUCAGUACAUCAUAUUUAUAGCGACAAUGGUACCAAUUUUACAGGUGCAAACAACAUUUUACAGAAGAUUCAAAUAGAGAAUCAUCUAGCUGAAACAGGUAUACGUUGGCAUUUCAUCCCUCCUGGCUCACCUCACUUUGGUGGUCUCUGGGAAUCGGGAGUAAAAUCCAUUAAAUAUCAUCUAGCUAGAAUUAUAGGUGACCAAAAAUUGACAUACGAGGAAUUAAGUACGGUCUUAAUUCAAAUCGAAUGUUGUCUUAAUUCACGGCCACUCUGUCCAUUAACAGACAACAUUGAAGAUCUUAAUGCACUUACACCAGGACAUUUCAUUGUGGGAUCGUCAUUAAUGACUCCAGCGCAUGAUAGUCUUAUUAACUUUACAGAAACUAGCCUAAAAAGAUGGAAGAUUGUGCAGAAAAUAAAGCAAGACUUUUGUAAAUGGUGGUUCCAAGACUAUAUAAGAAAUAUUCAACAACAGAGAUACAAAUGGACAAAAUCCAUACCAAAUAUAGAAGUUGGUCACCUAGUCAUAUUGAAAGAACAAAAACAUUAA